AUGAAACCUCAAAGCCUUGCCGCGGGGUUGAUGCUAGCUGGUCUUCAGAUGGUCUCAGCUGAUCAUCACCAUGGAGCCCUGCACUUCAGACACGAACAGAAGCCGGCUGUGCAGGAGUAUGAUACUACUACGACCACUACAACAAGUGUUUUGAAGGUUGUUACCAUCACUACUACGAUUACUGUUAGCCCUGACACUGCUCCUACUAUCGUGUUGGCACCGAUAGCAGAACCGACAUCUUCCUCUUUACCGACAGCGUCCAUCGACUCUAAUACCGAGGCCGUAGCCUCAAUCGCCAACACUCAGAGCAGUAGCACAACCUCACCCUCACAAGGAUCAAAAACAAACCCCCUAACCCCCAACGGCAUCAAAGCCGGCAGCGCUGGCGGCGACGCCUAUCCCUUCUGGAAAGACCACAUAGGCUGGUGGUACGACUGGACCCCCAACCCACUAAAAUCCUACCCCGACAACACCGGACACGCAAUCCCCAUUUCCAUGCUCUGGGGCGCCGGCACAGUGAGCCAUGGGGACGCGGUACGAUAUGCAGAAUUUCAGAAAUUGACUGCUGCACCGCCUUAUAUACUGGGGUAUGAAGAGCCGGAUUGUUCGCCGCCGGAUUCAUCGUCUAUUUCCGUCCAGAAAGGUAUGAAGGUGUGGAAUGAGGUUGUGGCGCCUUGGGGGAAGAAAGGGUCCUUGUUGGGGAGUCCGUCCGUGUGUAAGCAGUCGGAUGAGGAUUGGUUAACCCCGUUUCAGAAAGGUAUUUCCACGCCCUGGGAUUUUACGGCUGUUCAUAUUAACACGAAUAAUAUGGGUGUUGUUAAAAAAGUACUCAAUCAUUACUGGACGAAAUACAACCAAAAACCAAUCUGGGUCACGGAAUUCGCCUGCGUAGAUACAUCGAAUGGGUUCAAAGCAAGCGAAAACCAAACACAAAUCAACAAAUUCAUAGCAGAUAUCGUCGAUCUAUUUCAGAGGGAUGAUAGGGUUUAUGCAUAUGCUUAUUCGGCGGGGAGAGGGUUGGGGAGUACUUGGCCUCCUGUUAAGGAUGAGAAGUUGACGGAGAGUGGACGGGUGUAUUUGGAUGCUAUUAGGAAGUAUGCUUGAUCUAUACUACAUGUAUAGGGUUGAGUCUGUGUUGUAGAUAUGAGAGUUCAGUUGAUCUGCUCUAAUCUUAGGAAGUACCUAAG